AUGGUAUCUGUGGGUUUAUUCAAUAGUGUUGAAGUUCAAGGAGGAAGAGAAAUUCCAGUGACUAGCAAAACUGAUAGUAAAGGUGCUAACACUAUCAAAAAUGCUUACCAACGUCAGGGCCUUUUUCAUUUUGGUGGUAGUGUUGGCGGUGGCUUCCAUGGUUUUAAUCCGGGUUAUAAACAUGGUGGGUUCUUCCCUGGCUUUAAACCUGGUUUUGGACAUGGUGGGUCAUUCCCUCUACCAGGUGAGUCGGGUUUCAGCCAUGGCUUUUCUGGGUUUCCUGGGCAGGGAGGCAGCUUUGGUGGUGGCAGUGAUCAAGGUGAAGGCACUGGCAUAGGUGGCGGCCGCGGCAGUGGUUUUGGCAACGGUCAAGGUGUAGGUGGUGGCAGCGGUUUUGGUGGCGGUCAAGGCAUCGGUGUAGGUGAUGGCGGCAGUGGUUUUGGUGGCGGUCAAGGCAUCGGUGUAGGUGGUGGUGGCAGUGGUUUUGGUGGCGGUCAAGGCGUAGGUGGUGGUGACAGUGGUUUCGGCAACAGUCGAGGCGGUGAUGAAGAUAUUGGUGUAGGUGGUGGUGGUGCUAGUGGUAGUGGUCAAAAUGGUGGUGAAGGUGUUGGUGUAGGUGGUUUUGGCAGCGGUCAAGGUGGUGGCAGCUGCAGCUGUGCCAGCAGCAGCGGCUUUGGUGGUAGACAAAGUGGUGGCGGCUUUGGUGGGUUCCAAACAGCAUCCAGGAAAAGCCCAGUUCCAUUCCAGACUACUCAAGCUACUAGGGAUGACGGAAAAGCAACAGAGAUUAACGUGGGAAAACAUCCCUGA